GCCCAUUAGUGCAUCGUCUCAUGUUCCAUUAGUAAUGGGAUCACAUAAAUAAUGGAACUAGCUAGACACAGAUUCACUUCGUUCAGCACGCGUCCUUGUGGUACUGGAGACAAACAACGAUGGCCGCCUGUAACACCGGACGUCUUCUCUGUUAUGCGUUUCUGUAUCCUGUAUGGUCUGUUUCCUGCGCCCGUCAUCUUGAUGUCCUCUGUACGCAACUUCGGAAACUUCAACAACUCGACGUAGCAUGUGACGUCAACAUUGCAUUUCAGCAGAUGUGUCGGGACGAUACAGCCAUCAGAGUAUGUGCAUCAUCUCCUGGCUACACAUGGGAUGCCGACACUGACAUGUGCUACAGGAUAGAAACCCAAGAGCAAAAGAACUGGGCUGAUGCUGAAAGAACAUGCGCCAACAGCCAAGGACAUCUGAUCAGACCUGACACUGCCAGCAAAAAUGAUAAGUUGGGAGAGCUUCUGAAUCAAUUAUCCUUCGAUGCAACUUGGAUUGGAGCCCGAUAUGACGAUGGCGCCAAGGAGUGGCAGUGGCUUGACAACAACACCAUCACAUCGCCACCGUGGGCUCCAGGAGAACCCAGUGGAGACGGCAGUUGCAUAGACCUCCGUCGGCAUCAGCAGUACAAGUGGAAUGAUGAAAGCUGUGACACAGAGGCAUAUUACGUUUGCGAAAUCCGACUGAAUUGAACUCAUUAUUAUCUUGGUUACCUUUUCUGUUUGGAGCUCUCCACAAGUUUUCCCAUUGUCCAUUGCAAAUCACCAAUCAGUGAGAAUUUAAGUCCUGGCAUGCAGCUGCACAUUACAAUCAACGUUAAUUACUGUGAGGGGCAGUCGGGUAGCCUAGUGGUUAAAGCUUUCGCUCGUCACGCCGAAGACCCGGGUUCGAUUCCCGAAAUGGGUACAAUGUGUGAAGCCCAUUUCUGGUGUCCCCCGCCGUGACAUUGCUGGAAUAUUGCCAAAAGCGGCGUGAAAACCAUACUCACUCACUCACUCACUAAUUACUGUGAUGUGUUGGCUUCCACCUAUCAUUGCAAAUUAUCUGCUGGCUUCUAAGCUUAUUACUUUUAUUACAUGUACACAUGUAUGGUCUCUGUCUCAUAGCAUUCAUUCACCUGAUGCAAGAGUAAGCAUAUACU